AUUACAUAGAAUAUGUGAAUCAUAGAAAUUUAGGUCUCUCAUUAUUUCCUCCCCUUUCUAAAUAAAACGUAAGCAUGUGAAAAAAAAGAAGCAGCGGCGAACUGUAUGUUUAUGUGCAUAAAAGAGUGCCAGAAGAUGUAAUAACUUCCAUUGAUCAGGGAAAGAGGUAACUCACAACACAAUCUCUGUGAGCUAAACCAUUCCAGGUCAAUAUACAGUACAAUCUAGCGGUUCACUAUGGCCAAGCAUCAUCCUGAUCUUAUUAUGUGCAGAAAGCAGCCGGGAAUAGCUAUAGGUCGACUUUGUGAAAAGUGUGAUGGUAAAUGUGUAAUUUGUGAUUCUUAUGUGCGACCUUGUACCCUUGUUCGAGUUUGUGAUGAAUGCAACUAUGGAUCCUACCAAGGAAGGUGUGUGAUUUGUGGUGGAUUAGGCAUUUCAGAUGCAUAUUACUGCAAGGAAUGCACCCAACAAGAGAAAGAUAGGGAUGGAUGCCCAAAAAUUGUUAAUCUUGGAAGUGCAAAAACAGAUCUAUUUUAUGAACGGAAGAAAUAUGGUUUCAAGAAGAGAUAGAUGCAGGUUUUUUUUGAAUACUAAUUCAUUGAUAAUUACAGUAUGUGUUUUAUUUUUAUAACCUAGAUUGUACACUGGAAUUCUUAUAUUUUUUUUUAGAAAGGCUCGUGUUUGGAUCUUCAAUCAAUCAGAUAAUACACAUUACCAACAUAAA